GCAGAGGAGAGUUUCUGCCCAUCUGUCUUCACUCAGCUAUCCCUGACCAGCCAACUGCAUGGCUAAAAGUGAGGGGUUGCUUUGGCGGAGCAGUUACUAGCCCACUUGAGGACACAGUGAUCAAGCCUGAUCUUGGGAGGAACUAGAAUUCUAUGCACCAAGGCACCACAGCAGAGCCUUCCCCUCUAUUACUGCAGCAGAAAAAUGUCAGAGAAGCACCAAGUCGUGUGCCCUCCAAGGGCUCCAAGUGGGGAGCUGAGAGCCUGGCCCUUCUCUAGGCGGUGCGGAGUCCCCCAUCCAACACUGUUCCAAAUGACACUGGUCACUUCUCUAUUGGCCACUGUUCUUGGUAGAUGUGGUCCCCCACCUAUUUUAUUCUUUGCUUCUCCAACAAAGGAGUUGAACCAGACAGAGUUUCCAACUGAUGCUAUCCUGAAAUACACCUGUCGCCCUGGCUACAUCAGGAUCCGUUCAGAUCAGACGCUGACCUGUAAACUUAAUGGCCAGUGGCAGUAUGAGGUCUUCUGUGGCAAGAAACAGUGCAGAAAUCCAGGAGAUUUACCUCAUGGCAUAGUUGAAAUUAAGACAGAUCUCUCCUUUGGAUCAAAAAUAGAAUUCAGCUGUUCAGAAGGGUAUCAUUUAGUUGGCCCAACCAUGAGUGUUUGUGAGAUCCAAGACAAAGGAGUUGAUUGGAGCGCUCCUUUUCCAGUGUGUGAAAUUAUUAAGUGUAAAUCCCCUCCAGACAUCAGCAAUGGGAAACACAGUGGUGGAGACGAAGACCUCUACACAUAUGGCUCCUCAGUCACCUACAGCUGUGAUCCCAGCUAUUCACUCUUAGGCAGUCCCUCUGUUUCUUGUACAGUGGUGAAUAAAACAGCUGGUGUCUGGAGCCCAAGCCCUCCAACCUGUAAAAAAAUCAUCUGUCGUCAGCCUACCAUUCAAUAUGCAAAUAUUGUUUCUGGAUUUGGACCCAUCUAUAAUUUUAAAGACUCUAUUGUGUUUAGCUGCCAGAAAGGUUCUGUCCUCAGAGGCAGCAGUUUAAUCCGUUGUGAAGCUGAUAACAACUGGAAUCCUUCUCCUCCUGUUUGUGAGUUAAAUAGUUGCAUUGACUUACCAGAAGUUCCAAAUGCUUACUGGGAUGGAUUUAGGAGGCCAAGAAAAGGGGAAGUGUAUUCACCUGGAACAGUGUUCAGGUACUACUGUCAUCCUGGCUACAAACCUGCUACAUAUGAGCUUACAACUGUGACUUGCCAGAGUGAUUUCAAAUGGAGCCCAGCCAAAGGGUGCAAGAAGGUAUGUUGUCCAACUCCAGAGGUGAAGAAUGGUAGAAGCAUUGAUGCAAAAUAUGCUUUUACCAUUGACUGUCCUUUUUCCUAUAAUGACGUAUUUCGCUAUAGAUGUGAUGGCGAAAUACAAAGCCAUUCAGCUACAUGCCAGUCAGAUGGCACAUGGAGACCCCGCACACCAUUAUGUGCUCAAGGCUGUCAUGCGCCUCCUGGAAUUACCCAUGGACAUUAUACCGCAGUUUCACCAUAUUACUCAGAUCCAUCAUUUUCAUAUAAAUGUGAUGAAGGUUAUAAACUGGUUGGACAAGACACCCUCUCCUGCAAGGAUUCACAGUGGUCAUCUGAAGCACCCAAGUGUAAAGCACAGUGUCUGAAACCAAAGAUAGAAAACGGAAAGCUGUCUGUGAAUAAGCCUCAGUAUAUUGAAUCAGAAAAUGUCACCAUUCACUGUGACUCUGGCUUUGGAGUGAAGGGUUUCCAAACUAUCACUUGCUCAGAGAACAGAACCUGGUACCCAGAAGUGCCCAAGUGUGAGUGGCAUCUCUUUCAGGAGGUACCGGAAAGCUGUGAACGGGUGGCCAUAGGCAGAAAGCUCAUGCAGUGCCUCACAAGCCCAGCUGAAGUACAGAUGGCCUUGCAGCUGUAUAAGCUGUCUUUGGAGAUUGAACUGCUGCAACUACAGAUAGACAAGGCAAGGCAGUCUACUCAGGGGCCAUAGCUGUAAUGUUUUCCAAAAGAGGGAGAAAAAGAUGCUUGGAUGUCUUGCUUUCUCCAAUCCCAGGUAGACCAAUUUAGCAAUUCUUCUGUCACAUUGCACCUCUAUUCAUGUUAAUAAAUAUCUAGAGAGGAUAACUGGUUAAAGUGCAGUGCUUCGCGACUAUGGAAUUACUGAUCACCUGUGGCUCAUGUAUUUGCUGCUCUGCUUGCAAAGUAUACAUUUUUCAAUUCAAAAUUUACAUGUCAAAA